UGUGUACUGUGCCGCUCGAGACUCGCGUAUCGAUUGGAUUUGUGCGAAUUUUUGCAAGUUUCUGCGUGUCGCACUGUGUUGUCCUGUUUCGUUAGUUAAUUGUUUUUUUUUUCUAAUCAUGAGAACGGCGAGUUUUUUGGAACUAUGCAGGGACUCUCGAACCGACCAAGUGAAAACGGUAUCGAAGAUAUAUUCGGAUGCUUUAGCUUCCAAACCCAAAUCGUAUUACGAAUACGAGAGCUACAGUCCCAGUUUGGAGGAUGCCGACAACUACAGCCUGAUUAAAAAGCUCGGCCAGGGCAAAUACAGCGUCGUCUUCGACGCGAUGGACGAGACCAGGAAGGAACGUGUGGUGGUGAAAAUUUUGAAACCGGUGCGGAAAAAGAAAAUCCGGCGGGAGAUCAAAAUUCUCGACGCUCUGAAAAACGGGCCGAACAUUAUAAGGAUGUUUUGCGUUGUCGGAAUGCCUAGCGUCGAUCUGACGGCCCUGGUUUUCGAACAGCUGCCGAACAACGAAGAUUUCAAGAACGUUUACCUGACCUUGUCCGUAGAAGAUACGAGGUAUUAUCUGUACGAGAUCCUGAAGGCCCUGGAUUUUUGUCACUCGAGCGGCAUUAUGCACAGGGAUGUCAAACCUCAUAAUGUGGUGAUAGAUGGGAAAAACAAAAUGGUCCGUCUAAUAGAUUGGGGCCUCGCCGAAUUCUACCAUCCCGCUCAGGAAUACAACGUCAGAGUCGCGUCAAGAUACUUUAAAGGGCCGGAGCUUCUGGUCGACUACAAUUUUUACGAUUACUCGCUAGACAUGUGGUCUUUCGGCUGCAUGUUCGCCGCGAUGAUGUUUCGGAAGGAACCGUUCUUUCACGGCAACGAUAAUUACGAUCAGCUAGUCAAGAUAGUCAAAGUUUUAGGAACUUUAGAACUGAACAGUUACCUAAAGAAGUACAACAUUAGCAUAGACAACAGUUUCCGGCAGAUGAUCGGAACUCAUACGAAAAAGUCUUGGCAGAAAUUCGUCACCACUGAAAAUGAAUACCUGGUCGAUAAGAACGGCUUGGAUCUGUUGGACAGUUUGUUGAAAAUCGACCACAUGGAACGGAUAACGGCCAGGGACGCCAUGCAACACAAAUAUUUCGCAAAGGUUAGACGGAGAGCGACACUCGAAUCGGGCGAUGCUUCUAGAAAUGCGGCUUCUUGCUCCGCAUCUGGAGACGCGAACUAAAACCACCGAACGCCAUUGUAGACUGUGCUAGGAAAAAACUCGAUGAUUUUCGUUUUAAGUUCCUACUUAAACUGACCGAUCUCGUAUAUAUAACCAAGGAUUAGUUUUGGAAAACAGAGUUUAAGUACUAGGUUUAAGACAUAUUUAGGUAAAUAAAGG